UUGCAAAAAUUGUAUAUUCUACUUAAGGUUGAUGUCUUCUGACGACUGAUUACAGGAAAAUAUGUGAUAAUUAUGGAGAUGCUGCUGCAUAUUUUUCAAAUUAAAUUAUACCCAAAAAAUGACCCAGAGUGACGUUUCUCUGAAAUUUAUUGAUUUCAUUUUGACAUUUAACAUCAGAUUGAACGCAUAUUGACGAACGAAAAACAUUUCUCUUCGAACAAAUCCGUUUUAAACUCAACUAAACAAUUGUUCCAUAAUGACCGGUCGUGGAAAAGGAGGAAAAGGCUUGGGAAAAGGUGGAGCCAAGCGACAUCGUAAAGUUUUGCGCGAUAACAUCCAAGGUAUUACGAAACCAGCUAUUCGUCGUCUAGCUCGUAGAGGUGGUGUAAAACGUAUUUCUGGUUUGAUUUACGAGGAAACUCGCGGUGUACUCAAGGUAUUCCUUGAAAAUGUUAUACGUGAUGCGGUAACCUACACCGAACAUGCAAAACGUAAGACUGUCACUGCAAUGGAUGUUGUCUAUGCAUUGAAACGACAAGGACGUACAUUGUACGGUUUCGGUGGUUAAACCGCCCGAUUGAGGACAUAAAUGGUCACUUUAUACCACGACACUUAAAUGGGUGCUUAAACUUAUUUUUGUUCGGUAUUUGACCGCUAAUACAUACAUCUUGAAGAAAAAAACCAAA